AUGACAGUCAUGCGUGUCGUGCAUCUCCUUCCGCUGCUCUGCAGCCUCAUCGAGGCCAGUAUCGACAGGCAACAGGUCGUCCAAGCCUUCAACCCUCGCCGUAAUGCCAGCUCCCUUGAGACGCCGCUACAGGUGGGCAACGGCAACUUCGCCUUUGGGGCUGACAUCACGGGUCUCCAGACCUUCAGUCCCUUUGCGACGAUGUCGACAUGGGGAUGGCACAACUUUAGCCUGCCCAAAACGCCUGGUCAGACUCAAAUCGAAGACUACCACGGCACAGAGUGGUGGACACACGGCCGACUUGUACAGUACAACAUGGCCAACCCCUCAAACAACGACAUCGCAGACUGGCUCCGCGAGAACCCGCACCGCAUAAAUCUAGGCACCAUCGGCUUCUCCUUUUCCGACGGCGGCAAUACGGCAGUGACGGAGGACACCCUCAGCAACAAGGAACAGACCCUCGACAUGUGGACGGGUGUCAUCCGGUCCAGCUUCACGUACAAAAACCACACCGUCAAAGUCGAAACCUGGGCCGACCCAUCCUCGGACAGCGUCGCCGUGUCCGUCGAAUCGGCACUCCUUGCCUCCGGCAUCUUAUCCGUCUUCUUCGACUUUCCCUACCCGACAAACGACAAGUUUGGAGCACCGUUUGUGGGUGUCUUCAACCAGACGGAUCUUCACGAGACGUCCCUAUCGACCCCUGAUGGAGGAGAAACCAACAAGGCCACGAUCCAUCAUGAUCUAACCACGACGCAGUAUGAUCUGUCACUCAAGUGGGAUGUCGCCGCCGGUGGUAGCGGUGCUAUCAAGACACCGACUGACGGGAGCCAUCGAUACGUCCUUUCGACCAGUGGAACGGACAUGCUGCGAUUCACGGCCAACUUUGCGCCUUCUGCUGCACCCGGGUCCCCCGCCGAAUUUGACGACGUCGUGGCGGCUUCGCGAGAAUGGUGGCCGUCGUAUUGGAACAACGGGGCCUUUGUCGACCUGACGGGGACCCGAGAUGCCAAUGCGACCGAGCUCCAGCGCAGAAUAAUCAAGUCUCAGUAUCUCGUGGCGGUGAACUCGGCGUCAGACUAUCCUCCACAAGAAUCCGGUCUUGUAAACAAUGGUUGGUUUGGCAAGUUCCAUAUGGAAAUGAUCCUCUGGCACACCCUCCAAUUCGCCCGCUGGAACAACCACGCCCUCCUCGCCCGCUCCAUCCCACGAACCUACACCCACCUCCUCCCCUCCUCCCUCGCUCGGGCCUCGACGCAAGGCUACGCCGGCGCCCGCUGGGGCAAGAUGACGGACCCCUCCGCCAUCGACGCCCCCGGCGAGAUCAACACCCUCCUCAUCUGGCAGCAGCCGCACCCGAUGUACUUUGCCGAGCUCGCCUACCGCCACGCGCCCACGCCACAAACCCUCGCCGAAUGGGACGCCGUCCUCACGGCAACGGCGGACUUUAUGGCCUCGUACGCCUUCCUCAACGAGACGACGGGCCUCUACGACCUCGGCCCGCCCAUGUACCCCGUCUCGGAGAACACGAACCCCAACGCCACCGUCAAUCCGACUUUUGAGCUCGCGUACUGGCGUUUUGGCCUCGGCGUCGCCAUCUCUUGGAAAUCCCGCCAGAAUGCCUCCGUCCCGGAAGCCUGGACCACCGUCAGAGACAACCUCGCGCCCCUACCCAUCAUCGACGGCACGUACCCCGUCUACCAAGGCAUCCCCGACAUGUGGACAGCCAACACGACGACGGUGCAAGACCACCCAGCCAUGGCGGGCAUAUUCGGCCUUCUCCCGCCGCCGGCCUCGGGCUCACUGCUGAACCGCACGGUUCUCGAGGAGACCGCCGCCCGGAUCUGGGCGCUGUGGGACCUCGACGAGUCCUUUGGCUGGGAUUUCCCCAUGCUCGCCAUGAACAGCCUCCGCCUGGGCGACGCGAAUCGCGCCGUCGACUAUCUCCUCCACCCCACCUUCCAGUUCGACGACGCGGGGUAUCCCGUCGGCGGGACGAGGGUGCCGACACCGUACUUCCCGAGCUCGAGCAGCUUGUUGCUGGCCGUGGCCAUGAUGGCUGGGGGGUGGGAUGGCGAGGAGGGACCUCACUUCCCUAGCGAGUGGGACGUUGUGGUUGAGGGCUUCGUUCCUGGGUUGUAG